GAGAGGAUCCUUCAUAGGAAAGCAACUAGAAGAAUUUUUUUUUUUUUCCCGUACUGAGGUUUGAACUCGGCCUACACUUUGGGCCACUCCACUAGCCAUUACUUAAGGGUUUUUCGAGAUAGGAUCUCCGAACUAUUUGCGGGGACUGGCUUUAAACUGCGAUCCUCCUGAUCUCUGCCUCUUGAGUAGCUGGGAUUACAGGCGAGAGCCACUGGCGACAGGCAUAAGAAGAAAUUUACGCAUUCAAGUAUAAGCUUUGGAAGCUGAUCACUGGUCUCUAGGCCGCCAAUCAGUGCAGCAAACACUUCCGGCUUCCUCUAGCUCCGGAUGUUCUUAUUGCGCGUGCGCGAGGCCCACCUACCCCGGAACUUAAUCUUCUACGAAAUGCAGGUUUUAAAUCCUUGGAAUACUUAUCCAGGAACUACGUUAGCGCUCUCAAUUCUCCAAAGAGCCUUGGGAUUGGUCGAGCGCGGAACUGAUUCAGGGCUAUGAUUGGUUGACACACUAGCACGACGUAGCGACUUUGCGUAACGCCUUGGGCUCCGCCCUUGCUUCCUGACUGGCGGAGUUUCUAACCACUCAGCAGGCGCGGCGCGUCCUUUGGUUUCUCGAGAGGAUAUUUGCCGCCUCGGUUCCCGCGACCCCAACGUCCCAGAGGCGGGGCCGGAGCUAGCCGAGGUUCUCCUUGGAGCCCGCCUCUGUUUUGGCCCAACAAACAAGACUCCAUCCUGACAGAGGUAGUAGCGAGUGGGACUUUAUGCUCCUGGUUUCCCCGAGGGGCCGGCGCGGCCCGAGGAAGGAAGGAUACUGAGGAUUCAAAGUUAAAUAAUCACUCGCCAAAUAUAUGGAGCCUGUUUGUCCUCUUUCGAGGUUCCAGAUGAAUACCAGGUUUCCUUCAAGCAAGAUGGUACCUUUCCACUUUCCUCCAUCAAAAUUAGCACUUUGGAACCCAAUACCAAUUGGAGAUAUUGUCUACUUACAUCUCAAUUACUACAGAAAUCCAAAGCUUGUGGUGACUAAAAAGACCAUUAGACUUGCUUAUCGUCAUGCUAAGCAGAAUAAAAAUGUGCUGUGCUUUUUACUUGGUUCUCUUUCAGUGGAUGAAGAUGAAGAAGGUGUGACAUUGACAGUAGAUCGCUUUGAUCCUGGUCGAGAAGUACCUGAAUGCUUAGAAAGAACCCCCACUGCUUCUCUUCCUGGAGACUUUUUGAUCCCAUGCAAAGUUCAUACUCAAGGAGUUUGUUCGAGAGAAAUGACAAUUCAUAAUGCAGAUGACUUCAGUUCAACUUUUAAGGCUCUACAGCAUCACAUAUGUAGCAAAGAUUCCUUGGACUGGGGGAAGCUGCUUUCCCUAAGAGCUCAGAUCACUUGCAGGGAGAGUUUGAACAGUGUGGAUUUUGACUUGCACUGGGCAGCAGUAACUUUAGCAAAUAACUUCAAAUGUGCUCCUGUGAAGCCCAUCCCCAUUAUUCCAACAGCUCUAGCAAGAAACUUGAGCAGUAAUCUGAAUAUUUCUCAAGUUCAAGAGAUCUACAAAUAUGGAUAUCUUACCAUGGAUGAGACACGCAAAUUAUUACUUUUGCUGGAAUCUGAUCCCAAGGUGUAUUCUCUACCAUUAGUGGGAAUUUGGCUGUCUGGAAUUAUACAUAUCUAUAGUCCUCAGGUGUGGGCUUGCUGCUUGAGAUACAUGUUCAGUUCUUCUAUUCAAGAAAGGGUUUUUUCAGAAUCUGGAAAUUUCAUCUUGGUUCUCUAUUCUUUGACACAUAAGGAACCUGAGUUUUAUGAAUGCCUCCCAUGUGAUGGCAGGACACCUGACCUUCGAUUUCAGUUGCUCACCAGCAAGGAAACAUUUCAUCUUUUCAAUAAUGUUGAAAGUUCUGACAAAAAUCCAAUCCAUUUUGAACUGAGUGCUGAAAGCCAAGAUGUAGAAAGAGAAUUUUUCAGCAAGUUUCCCAAGAAUCUUUCAGUUAAGAGGUCUCCCCAGAAGUUACCCCCUGGGAAAAUACCAAUAAAUGACCAUGACUCUGGUGUUGAAGAUGAAGAUUUUUCUCCAAGACCAAUUCCUAGUCCUCAUCCAGUGAGUCAGAAGAUUUCUAAGAUCCAACCAUCAGUUCCUGAACUUUCUCUUGUGUUGGAUGGCAAUUACACAGAAUCUAAUCAUAUCUCUAAUCCAUUGGAAGUGAUGAAUAUUGAAACCCUUCCUUCAGUUAACCAGACUGAACACUUGAAGCCCUUGCAACCUGAGCUUUAUGAUGAAAAACACAGCACAGAAGCUGAAGCUGGAGAGUCUUCCUUGAAAGGGAUGCCAAAUCAGUUGAACCAGGGCACUGCUUCUUUGAGUCACUGCAAAGUAAGACAGUCAUCUUCCUGCAAGAACGAGAACCAUCAUUUCAAGAACAACAGUAUUAUACCAUCCUCUCUUAAUGUACCACCUCUUGAUAUACCUGAGAAGCUUCAAGUAGUUUCUGCUGGGAACGAACAAAGAGAAGACUAUUGUAUAAGACCUUCAGUGUUUAAUUCUGGGCAGUCUUCUCUUGCUCCACAGCCCCACCCACACAAUUUUGUUUUUUCACCCCAUAAUGCAGGAAGACCAAUGAAAUUUCAGAUACCUACUCCCUCACUACCAUCUUACUAUUCCACAAAUGUUUGCAGCUGUUGUCAGCAUCAUGGUCAUAUUCAAUAUAGUACAAUAAAUUCUUGGCAAGGAAUAAAUUCAGUGGGGUCCAUUCAAGACCUCCAGCCAGAAGCCCUUCAAAAGCAUUCAGUAUUUCCCCCAAGCAGGUGUCCAGCUUUGUACCACAAUGCAGUCUACUCCUCAAGUAGUCCUGUAACCUUGAGACCUCAGGGAAGUAUGGCCAGUUGUUCUUACCACAACAAUACAGAACCGUCCCCUGUGGCAGGACCUUCACAUAUGAACUCAUGUAACCCACAGCCUUGUGCAGUGUUCAUGCACACACCCAAGACUGGAUCAGAUGAUGGAAUGAUGGGACUAUCUCCAGAUGCAUAUCGGUUUGUCACAGAGCAAGACAGACAGCUGAGAUUACUUCAGGCGCAGAUUCAGCGUUUAUUGGAAGCACAGUCUCUGAAGCCUGGCUCGCCUAAGACAACCACUCUUGAAGAUGCAAGACAAAUGGAGCUGGUUUCCACGGAAGCACAGUCUUCCCCUGGCUUGCACUUGAGAAAAAGUGUAAGCAUUGCUGUGAGCACAGGUGCUAGCUUAUUUUGGAAUGCAGCUGAUGAUGAUCAAGAGCCCGACUCUCUGUUGAAGCAAGAUGAUACCAAAAUUUCCAGUGAAGACAUGAAUUUCUCUGUUGAUAUUAAUAAUGAAGUCACAAGUCCUCCAGGUAGUGCAUCUUCAUUAAAAGCCAUUGAUAUCCCCAGUUUUGAAGAGAGCAACAUUGUUGUGGAAGAAGAAUUUAAUCAGCUCCUUUCUAAAUCCAACAGCUCUUCAACAGAGGUGAGAAAAGAACUUGAUGUGCCUGUGUUCUUUCCAAAUGCUCUGCUGGCAGAGAGUGUGAGCAUGUGCUUACAGAGCGGACCAAUUGAGGGUGCCAGUAACAACACCGAAACAUUGGGGAAACCAGAAAUUGAUCAAGUAAUGGACUCCUUGCCUCAUCAACCAUCAGAUAGCCAGAAAAUUUACCAGGAUUUAUUGAGUCAAGUGAACCAUUUAUUAAAUAAUUCCUCCAAAGAAGCUGAGCAGCCAUCUACAAAAGCAGUAGUUAUCAGCCGUGACUGUGCCAGAACCCAAAAUGUCUACCAGACAAAUAAAAAAAAAAAAAACAAUUCAGGACUAGUGGACAAAGAUUGUGUUCUUAAUGCAACUCUUAAGCAACUCAGAAGCCUGGGAGUAAAAAUUGAAUCUCCCACUAAAGUGAAGAAAAAUGCACAUAAAGUGGAUCAUGCCAGUGUGUUGGCAUGCAUCAGCCCUGAAGCAGUGAUCUCUGGAUUAAACUACAUGUCAUUUGCUAAUGUUGGCAUGAGUGGUGUAAGCCCCACUGGGGUGGAUUUGAGCAUGGAGGCAAAUGCUAUAGCUCUGAAAUAUUUAAAUGAAAAUCAGCUGUCACAACUUUCUCUCAAUCGAUCAAGCCAAAAUAACUGUGACUCAUCUUUUAGCCUUCUACAUAUUAAUACAGACAGAAGCACAGUGGGACUUAGCUUAAUUUCACCAAAUAACAUGUCGUUUGCAACCAAAAAAUACAUGAAGAGGUAUGGACUCAUACAAAGCAGCGACAAUAGUGAAGAUGAAGAGGAGCCUCCCAGCCACAUGAAUAGCAAGAAUCAAAGCCCUGCAUCCAUAACUACACAGCUGGGUCAUCAGAAAGAGCCUCCUAGAAAUGUCCAUGAAAUAAUUAAUUGUUAUAACUGUGAAUCUGAUAUGCCAGUACUGAGGAAUAUUACAAAUGAAGUUGCACAGCCAAAAGCAGCAGAACAGUUGAAUGAAAACUCAGCUUUCUUAUUAAAGAACCUUAAACCAAGUCCUGAAAUGAACCUCAGAACUGCAAAAGCAGAGUUUACUCAACAUCCUGAGAAAGAAAAUGAAAGGGAUGUUCCAGUUUUUCCUGAAAGUCUGCAAUCUUCUGAAACUUUAAAGCAAAGAAACAGCAUGAAUUCAGUAGGCACCUUUUUAGAUGUAAAGCGUCUCAGGCAGUUGCCAAAAUUAUUUUAAAUCUUUAAUUCCCUCCCUCUGGUAUGAGAACUGGAUAUCUCUGUACUUAUAAGGAAGCCAAAGCCUUUCUGUAGCUUUGGGGUUCCUACUCAGUGUGGGAGUCAAUCUGUUUUUUAACAACAGCCAGUUUACAAAUUGCUAAAUGAGUGACUUGAUUGUGAGGCAAGUUCUCUAAGUAGGGCUGUUCAGCAUCACUGAAACUUUAAAAAAACAAAAACAAAAACCUAAGAUAGUUAUUUUGGCAAAUUAAGGUAAAUGGACACUAUUCAGCUAUGAAACUGAACUGUCUUACGCUGUGUAUUUUAAGAAAUCCAUUUUUGUUGCAUGUUGCAUCUCUGCAUCUACCCAGUAUCCAUAUCAGUAAAAGAAAACAAAGAUAUCAUGAUCCCAGCUGAAUUAGCAAAACCAGCCCUUCUUGAGUGUAAGGGGAAAGUUAUUUUUAAAAAUAACUCGAGCUCUUUCAUAGGAGUAUGUUUCCUCUUAAUUAAGAUGUAUAUUUGUUGACCUCCAUCGGAAUAAAACUUUCAAUCUGAUGGAUUGAUAAAAAUGUAACAUCUUCAA